CUAAUUAUUGUCCUGCAGGACAGCUGAUCUAUUUCAAACAGGAAGCUGUUUACAGAUAACACUUGCAACUGUUUUGUCUGAUUUGUUGAACUGUCGAAAAGCAAAAGGGAACCUCUUUUCAAAUUAAAAACUGUCAGACUUCUGUAAACAGCAGCAAUGAGGUUCAUCUGUGCAGUGUCCCUGCAGGCACAGUGUGUUCUGCAGUUCCCAUUUUCUCAGCAACCAUAAGCUGGCUGUUUUCUGUUGUAAAGGUGAGCUUCUAAUACAGCUGCAAACCAAGGAGUGAAGAUGAAAUUGCAGAAGUGAAGCAGAUGACAGAAGAUCCACUAAGGGCUUAGAAUUACACCUUGGGAGUCACUGACCUGUAAGUGCUCAUUAUGAAGAGAGAUCUGGUUUUCUUGGUGACUCUAAUUAGCCUUGCCUUCCUGUCACUGCUAAGAUCUGGAUAUCCUCAACAUAUAGCAGAGGAGUCCUGCUCUGUUCAAAUUCUUGUUCCAGGCCUCAAAGGGGAGGCUGGAGAAAAGGGCGAAAAAGGUGCUCCAGGUCGUCCAGGCAGAGUUGGGCCUCCAGGAGAAAAAGGAGAAAUGGGGGACAAAGGACAGAAAGGCAGCAUGGGACGGCAUGGAAAAAUUGGUCCUAUUGGUUCAAAAGGUGAAAAAGGAGAUAAUGGUGAUAUAGGACCACCGGGUCCUAAUGGCGACCCAGGCAUCCCUUGUGAGUGUAGCCAGCUAAGGAAGGCUAUUGGUGAAAUGGAUAUCCAAGUGGCCCAGCUGACAACGGAAUUAAAAUUCAUAAAAAAUGCACUGCCCUCCCCCGCAGCUGUUGCUGGUGUGCGUGAGACAGAUAAUAAGAUAUACCUGCUGGUGAAGGAGGAGAAGAGAUACUUGGAAGCCCAGCUCUACUGCCACGGAAGAGGAGGAACACUGAGCAUGCCCAAGGACGAGAACGCCAACAGCCUCAUCGCCUCCUACAUCAAUCAAGCCGGGCUCACCAGAGUUUUCAUAGGCAUUAACGACCUAGAGAAAGAGGGAAAUUUUGUCUAUUCUGACCGAUCCCCCAUGCAGACCUUCAACAAAUGGCGCAGCGGGGAGCCCAAUAACGCUUAUGACGAGGAGGACUGUGUGGAGAUGGUGGCGUCUGGAGGCUGGAAUGACGUUGCAUGUCAUAUUACGAUGUAUUUUGUUUGUGAAUUUGACAAAGAAAAUGUGUAAGCUUCUCUGCUUUUUCUUUAUUUUAAGAAAAGUUUUUGAAGCGGAUUGUAUAAGUUACCCCAUGUUUAUAGAGUGCAAGUGUUAUUUUACAAGUAUGUGACAUCAGUGUUGUACAGCUGUAAAUACAAUUUAGGUAUUUCAAAUAUCAAUAUUUACCCUUCAGAAGGGAAGAGCAAUGAUAAGUAAGACAUGACGUGUUUUUCUUUAGGAAAUAUGUGUAUUUAGAUAAAAAUGAGGCUUGAGGCUAAAUUCUGCCCUCAUGACAGUUAACAAAUGUGGUUGCAUGACUGUGAGGGAAGGCCGAAUUUGGUCUUUACUUGUUAGAAUUAUAUUUCUGAAGAAGUAGAUUCUUGAUAUUCUUUUAUCUUAGCAAAAUUUGUAGUUAUAAACAUUAAUUGCUUGUAGUGAUACAGGGGUAAUUCAGCCACAAGGCAAAUAUUUUGUAUACUCCAGUUGAUUAGUACAAAUAUUACUGCAAGUUUUUUGGACGUGAAGGUAUUACAACUUUUUUUUUUUUGAAACAUAGCCAAAGCAACUGACUAAUCAGGAGUACUACCAAUUUUGUAAUGUUUUCUUAUUAAACUGUUCAUAAAUAACACCACAAGGAGGCCCUUCAGUGAACUAACUGAGUUUUAGUGCUGGGGGAGGACUAAGUUCUUGUAAUUCAGUACCGAAAGAGGGAUCCAAACGAAAUGGGUGUUUUGGGAUUUGCUAAAGGUAAAAAUAAGAUUUUGUCUUCUGCAUUUUUUAGUUGAGAAUGCUUCAGUGCAUGAUCUAUUUAAGGCCCCAGAUAAUUUCUUAAAGUAAAUGUUUCACAUUUGCAUAAGAUGAUCUUACUGCAAAAAACAAAGAAACAAAUACUGAUCCUCCACGGUUUAAAUUUCUCCAUAAAUAGACAACGAAUGUCAGAAAAAUGGUUUAGCCAAUAGUUCUUUUUGGCAGGAAAACAGCUUCCACCUUUAGUCAGAUUUCACUGCUGACCCCCUGAAAAGCAGCAACAAAUUUCAAAUAUCUUUCCAGUUUAUGUAUAUAGCAGGAAUAAGUCAUUUUGCACAAAUAAUUCAUGUAUCCAGUUUACAAUUGCAUGUAAUUGAAAAUGUGAUAUAUAUUAAAAAAAAAAAAAAAAACAAACCAUAAUUUCACAAAGGAAAUGAUGGGUUACUUUGAAGCUUCCUAAGAGCCAGUUGCACAUCAGUUUAUCCUCCUGUUAGGUGUAGAAAGAUGACCACAAAACUGAACCCCAACUGAUUGUGGUGUUCAGGAAUACUCUGUGCAGUGUUUUAAGAUGAUCUUUAAGGAGGAACGACCCUUUGUCUAAAAUAUUAAUCAAAAUACGUGUAUGAUCAGUAUGGAAGGUAUAUCUACAAUAUAUCCAGAGCGGAUCUGGCAUGUGCUUCCAGAUGUUUUCUCUCAGCAAGGCAGGACCAACUCGUAUCUACUUUAUAGUGUCACGGUAUAUGAAUAAUCAAUAAUCGUAUAAAUUUGUUCAUAUCCACAGAGCCUGACAGUAUACUUAAGAAAACAAACUGUUUUGCUUGAUAUAUUUACUCUGUGGAUUUGAACCCAGUGUAUAUAUGUUUACUAUUAAUUUUGAAGAUCAGUAGCACAUUCUUAUAAAUUGGAAUAUCAGCCCAGCACUAGAGCAACCACUGUAAGAAAUGAAUGGCCUUACCUUUUUUCUUGUAAAGGUAGGUAUGAUUUCUGUAUGUAAGGCUUUCUUUGAAUUGUGCAUUAAUAUCUGUUAAAUACUGUGGAUAUGGUUCUACGCUAAUAUUCAAAGACUCUUUACAGAAUUUGCGAGGGCUGACUGUUCCAGUGGAGCAAUUUGCAUGUCAUGGUUGUUUGCUGCCUGCCUACCUGCUACGGAAAUCCUCAGAAACCUUUUGCAUCUCCAAUAUACUUUUGUCAAAUCAUUGUAGGUAUAUUAAGAUAGUCCAAACUGGAGUUCCAGAUAUCUGAGGCUCCCUCAUUACGUAAGUGCCUAAGAUGUCAAUUGUUUAUUUUUCACUCAGUUUUUGAAAGUCUCUGAUACAAUAGGUUGAUUUCCCCACAAACAUGAAAAGAGACCUUUUCAAAUUCCUUUUAAAGAGGUGAGAAACUUUUUUAGAUACCAAAUCCUCCUAUUUUAGCUGUAUGGAAGUCACGCCACAUUUAUAAAGAUUGCCUUGAUGUGUAGAGCAUUUAAGCAGUCUGAAUUUCUAUUAAAAUUUAUAAUAAAAAAUAAAGGCGAUGGAAAAAAACACCUCCUUCCCCCAGUUCUUAUGUUCUUCAGGAUAUGUUUUUGCAGCUCUUAAAAUACGAGAUAGAAAAGGAGUUAGCUGUAUUGUCAGAGACCUUUAUGUACUUGGUUGCCACGGUCCUUAUUUUACCGUUUGGGUAGAGGGAACAAGGUCUGAGUGUAAUGUCUGUAGCUGUGCUGCAAGGAGCAAAGACUGCCCAUCUGUUACUAACCUCUGCAAGAGACUGGGCAAAAAAUAUCAGAGGGAUCGGAAGUGAGUGAGCCCUUGCCCAUUUAUUUUGCCCUCCAGCUGCUGACCGACUUAGGCAGACCCUUAUUGGAGGCAGAAAUCAGUAUUACGUGCUGGCUGGGCAAAGCCUGCUGAAGUGCGUGGUAAGAUUUCUAUUGCUUUCAGUGGAAUUUGGUUCUGCCACUAUCUUGUGAUUUGGAGCAAAUGAGUCUUGGUUGCUUAUUUUAAUAAGUAUGGGGAGCAAAGAGCCACCAUUUUAGGAGAAAGUCAAAUAGUAAGUUAGUUUUAUUUUAUUUGGGGUAUUCUCCAUGUGCAUUGAAACCUGUAUUGUUAUAUCAGUAUUUGUGUGCUUCUGUGGAAGACUUUUGAACAUUUCUGUUUAGUAAGCCUGUACUGACAGAUUUCCCAGAUUAAUGUUAUGUUUUACUUUUUACGUAUAUACGGAUGAUUUUUCCCGAUACAUAUUUGCCCAUAACCCUUAUUUAUUUUAUUCUUAAUUAGUGGGCAUGUUGGUGCAUUUUAAAAAGGCAAGAAUAACAGGUUUUUGUACAGUCACCUGUUCAGGCUCUUGACUGACUUCUUCACAUAAAAGAUAUAUGUCAGUCAACAUGCUAUAUUCUGCGCAUUUAGGUGCUAAGGCUGUUUUGUUAUUUUACUGAUGUGAGGGCCUAGCACGCAGGCCCUUGCAGGAGCUGACCUGGCUGAGUCCAAGGGGAGCUCCCUCGCUGGGAAGAGCCUGGCCGUGUCCCUGCAGGCUGCCUGGGGGCCACCACCUGCGGCCACCCCUGGUCUGGACCGCACCGUGUUGCAUCCCGGUGGCUGUGUGUCAUCCUUGACUCCCAGCUCGCCUCCCCUUGCUGCUUCUGACAGCUGACGUUAUCCCUGAAAAUACGUUUUCAAGGCAGGUUGGACGUCAGGAGCAGAACUUCACCCUGGCUGUGAGUUUUUAACUGUCUUAAGUCAAAAAACAGGACUGCAAAAAUUAGUCUUUUUACAUUGAGUAUAGAACAUUGUUAUUGAUCUAUCUAUUGAUAUAGAGCAUGUUAUUGAUACAUACUCCAAGGAAACGGAGUGCUUCUUUUUACAUAAGCCCAGGAAAUACCAUUUCAAAUACGGAUUUUAAAAAAAGUAGCUGGUUGGAUUUUUUGGUUGCAAUUUUUGACGAAAAAUGGAACAAGAUGACAAGAUGAAUUAAAACAAUUUUGUCGUUUCAAAAGUGACGAAGGUUCACAAAGGGCAAAGAAUUCUCAGGUAAACAUUUUCAAGGUGUUUCAUUUUGCAAUGUUUUUCAUUUUGCAAUGUUUCAGAAUUUCAUUUUGGAUUCUGACACUUCAUUUUGACCUAUAAAGGGUUUUGAUUUUUUAUUAUUGUUAGUGUAUCUAUCUUACACUAUGUAAGUAGUAGCAUUCAACAUAAUGCUUAAAAUUUUUACUUUUUUCUUUAUGUCUUUUUUUCUUAUUGAAACAAGUUAUUUUUCUGAGAGUUCUCUUGUUUGCAGUAACAAAAGAGUUUGGCACUUGAAUCAGUUUCUCCUUUUGGGACUGCUAUGACACUAUAAACACGAGAUACUCUGAAUACAAAGCAACAAAAAUGCAAAUAUUCUGAAUACAAAGCAAAAAUAAUGUUGCUAUUUUAAUCAACAUUAAGUAGAAGAUACUCUUACUGAUUACAAAAAUGACUCAUUUAACAAUUAUGCCAUAUAACAAGCAGUUUAUGCACUAUUAAAUAACCAAUUAUUAAAUAAAAAUGAGUAUUUUAAAUAUGAAAAUCUUAAAAAUAUAUUUUCAUCCUGAGUUGAAACAAAAAGAUGUCAAAGUAGCAAAACUUCCAGUAAAACGGAAAUACCAGGUUUCCACCAGAUCUAAAUCCAGCUCUAGUUUUGACGGGAAGCUCAGGGCCUUGUAGUGCUGGUGGCUGAAUUAAACCCUGUACUAGGGGAAUUAACCUGCAACGCAAUCUUUAGAUUAUGCAUAACUCUACCCCUUAACACUUUUUGGACUACCUCCUCUUAACCCUUCAUUUUCAAGCAUCCUGCUGCUCACUUAGCUGUCCAUAUUUGUGCAAAAAGUCAAUUUUUUUAAAUAGGGUUCUGUUUUUCAGUGUUUGGCUUACCUUGUGAUGCCAGUAAAUCCACACCACACAACCUGUCUGCCACAGGUUAUGAACCAAGAGAUUUUUUGCCACUGAGAGAGAUGGAAAUGUGCGUACGUCUCUGAAACCACCUGAGGUGAAAGGUAUUGUGCAGAACUGGAGCUGGCCUCCUGCCCAUUCCUGGGAAGCAUUUCCCUGGUUGGGGAGAGGCAAUCCAGGCUACCGGGAGGAGAAUUGACCUUGUUGUUGCAGGUAAAGAGAAACCAGAUUCCUAAGAAUUACUUAGGAGGAAUGAGGGAAAAAAAGUGUAGCGGCAGUUUUUGGCUAUUUACAGAAGAGCUGAGAGAAAGAACCAUUUGUUUUUAAAUUUGCUGUGUUGGGAGAGAACAAACUAUGUGAACUGGGAGAGAAAGGGUUUGUGGAGGGAAUGAUAGCAGUGUGCUCAAGGUGUUUUUGUAGAUGCAUGUCUCCUUCUAGACUGGAGCUUUUCAAUUGGAUGAGGAAGGGAUGGAGCCCUCUCAAGACAAGGGGCAUGAAAUGGAAAGGGUGGGAGAAGCAAAAAGUAGAUGGGCAGAACUAGCAGCGAGUGGGAUGUCCCUGAGGUGGAGUCUAAACGUUACCUGGAGCCAUUCGUAGGCUUCUUCAGAGGGAAACGAAAUUACCAUGACCUUUGUGAUGGAAUGUCUCACUACAGCUCUGAAUGGGCAUCUACAAAGAGAGAAAAAGAGGACCAAUUUAGCAUCACAUCUAUGUCUAAAUAAAGCCCGGUGUGGGUUUAUGGCCAAAUAAUAGCAUCCACUACUCUUUGGGUAUAUUAAUGUAUGGAAGUCGCUGGGGAUACAGUUAAACACUUCUACUCAAAGGCUGACUCUGUAGCACUGAUGCCUUUCUGUAUAAUCUUUACAUAUAAAAAUAUGAAUACUGGCAGGAAUUCAAAAAGGGAGGCUCUAGUAUGCAGCUGAACAACACUCAUGUUCCCAUACUAUCAUCUAGUGGCAGUAAGAGGCAACUAAAUGUAAAAUGAUGGAACUGAGCAAUAGUUUGCUCUGCUUGUAUCAGUUACCAUGAUAUUCAGUGCACCUACUGAUGUACUGAACAACUGAUUUCCCAGCUCUGAUGUCUUCAGUAAACUUGCUUUGUGAAAAGAUCAUUUUGACUUAUAACUAAGAGUUGUCUGCUGAUUUUAAGUCUAAUACCAAUGCUCAAAUGGGAGUGACUAAGAAGUGAGAAGCAUGCCUGAAUGAGUUCAAUUAUCAUGA